AUGUUAAUCAAAGAAUAUCGUAUUACAUUGCCAUUGACAGUUGAAGAAUAUCAAAUAGCUCAAUUGUAUAUGGUUUCAAAGAAGAGUAAAGAAACAACAAAAGGAGGAGAAGGUAUCGAAAUUCUCCUCGGUUGCAGAGACGUCCUAUUGAAAGCACACAAAGCUUUGUUUUGUUGGAUGGACGAAUGGUUCGGACUGACCAUCGAAGACAUCAGAAGAAUCGAAGCCGAAACUAAAGAACAACUAGCAAAAGCAAUGGAAGAAGAAAAGGCAAAAGAGGAAGCUGAAAAGAAUAGUAAACAUAAAUAA